CUUCCCUAACAAGCAGGCUGGCUGCUAAAGUUAGUUUCAUUAGAUGAUCGUGGUUGUUGGGCGCGUGUUUCUAGUGCAACUGUUAUUUCUUUCCUGAAGAUUUUGUUAAUUUAUUACUUUUUAAGGAUUUUGGUGUCAGUUUCGAAAUAAUCAAGUGCAGGUAAAAUCAAACUAUGCUGCAAGUGAGUUAGGUUUGGUCGCACGUUCUGCAGGGUCUGUUUCCCCACUGCUUGAUCAUGGGCCAGUUUGAACAAAUGCUUUACAUGGCAAUAGCUUAUUUGCUAUUUGUACAGUCCUAUCCACAAAAAGACAACUCCAUUCGUUUUAUUGCCUUUGGAGAUGGGGGAGGCCUUCCUCAUCCACCAUAUACGACUAAUGUCCAGAAAGCUACUGCAAACGAGAUGGGGAGAGUUGCCCAGGAGUCAGGAGCAGAUUUUGUAUUGAACGUCGGAGAUAAUUUUUACUACCGUGGUGUAAAUAAUGUAAACGACUUAAGAUUUAAGGAAACAUUUGAGAAUGUAUUUACAGCUCCUUCCAUUGUCAAUAUACCGUGGUAUAUUCUGGCAGGAAAUCACGAUCAUUUGGGUAACGUGUCAGCACAGAUUGCUUAUUCAAGGAUAUCUAAGAGAUGGAACUUUCCAGAUCUCUACUACGAGUUGUCUUUCAAGAUUCCUAACAUCGAUGUUUCUGCCACCAUUCUGAUGAUUGAUACUGUUGUGAUCUGUGGAAACACUGAUAAAGACAAUCAACCAAAAGGACCAAAAAAAUAUCAUUUAGCACAGAAGCAACUUCAGUGGAUCCAGGAAAAGCUGGCACGUUCCAGGUCUGACUACUUGAUAGUUGCCGGUCACUACCCUGUGUGGUCCAUCGGGAAGCAUGGACCCACUCCUUGCCUCGUAAAACAUCUGAAGCCACUUCUAGAGAAAUACAACGUGACAGCCUAUAUCAGCGGCCAUGAUCACAGUCUGCAGUUUAUUCGGAAGGACGAUGGGACUGGGUACAUCGUCACUGGAAGCGGGACUUUCAUUGACAAGUCUACGGCACACAUCAAGAAGAUUCCCACAAGCUGGCUCCAAUUCUACAAUGCUAAGAUUAGUGCUCUGGGUGGAUUCACUCUGAUCGAGAUGUCCCCUGUGCAUCUAGUUGUAUCGUACAGGCAGCCGUAUGGUAUGGUGGUUUUCCAAACCAUAUUACCCAGGCGUAAACUUACUUCCAAUGAAAAUUAGACUUAGAAAUGAUCCUUGUUUAAUUUUUCAUAAUAUAUUUCAUAUGGCUUAAUUGGUUCUAAACUUGCACUUCUGCUUAAUUUGGGAAUUAAAUGUUCAACUAUUUGCCUUUGCAUGUAUCCCAAGCCCAGAAAUAGCCUUUGCAGAGAGAUGACAAAGCUCACGGUUGGACUUAAGAUACUCAAAAUGCUGGAGUAACUCAGCGGGACAGGCAGCAUCUCUGGAGAGA